AUGCGUCUCGAGUUGCUCGCGGAGAAAAGAGCUUUCUACCCGAGCGAAAUCUGGAAUCCUUUUUACCUGAAGCAACUGGAAUCGAGAAAACCGCAUCACCAACCGCCAGCCUGGAAUUCCGUCAAAGUCUUCCGGCAGGCCCUCAAGAGACCCUCGGAGUUCCUCGGGAAGAGGGCCGGAAACGAAUUCCUGGGCAAGAGGGCCGGUUCGGAAUUCCUCGGGAAGAGAGCCGGAUCGGAAUUCCUGGGCAAGAGGGCCGGAUCGGAAUUCUUGGGCAAGAGGGCCGGAUCGGAAUUCCUGGGAAAGAGAUCCGAAAUUUUCGGAGAGGAAUUGGAUUAUCCGGAAAUCCAGCCAUAUCCGGAGUACGAGACACGAUACGAAAUGGGGAACGGAGAUGAGAGUUUGGAAAAUUAA